AUGAACAACCGAUUUUCUUUCAACAACGCUACUAAUAAUAAUUAUUCGGUGCAAGCUUCCUAUGAGAGUGAAUAUCCGGACUCCCAUGACCAGGCUGGUUCCAUGAUUGAUUCGGGAACCAGCAAAACUUCCAAUCAAUCUUCGUCCGUUCUCACCAAUACAGGUACCAUGAGCAAAGUGAGAGAUCAAUUCUUUGUGUUUUUAGUGAAUUUAAACACGAAAACUUCCAAGAUUUCUAACCGAAAAGAGGCCCUCCUGAAUGCUCUUUUGUACGUCUAUGUGUUUUACGUGAGCGUGAUUGUAUCGUCCUAUUCAAGCCUAUUUCUGUAUAAUGAUGAUGGUAGUAGUAACACGACGAGCUCUCAGAGAAAUUGGGGCCUGGUUGGAGGAUGGAUUUGGAGAGCGUUGUUUUAUCCCGUGAAUUUUGCCUUAGAACACUACCCGUAUGAGGUCAUUGUUGCCUUUUCAUGCGUCUUUGUUGCAGUAGAACUGGGUUUUCUUUCUCUCUGUUAUGCGUUCCGAUUGCUCUCGGAUCGAGGUCAUGCAGCCCUUCCACAAAUUCGACGAGUAUUGAGAUGGGUAGCAACUCUAUUUGUUGUUUUUUCUCCGUUCAUUGCAUGGGUGCAUUGUGUGCCGUUAUCUGUGAAUCAUUCUACGCAACAAGUCCUCGUGUACUUUCCUCAUGUGAGUGUUUUAUCGUCCAUGAAUAUUGCAUUCAUGGUGAUUGGAAUUGUCGGAUGUAUUUUAUCAAUGAUUGUGGUUGUGAUUGGAGCGUUUAUUUCGGUUGAAACCAUACCACCUCCCAUGAAAUAUGUACUAUUUGCAAUGGAGAGAGAACAUCCACUCGUUGUUUUGAUUCUCACGAACAUGGCAAGUGUAAUUGUGACUACAAUUUGUGGAACUCAGUAUUUGAUUGUAUCGUCAUGUAUCAAAAUUGUGUUGGGCCUUGUCACUUGUUUCUUAUUUGUUAAGGCUCUUCCUUUUUACAAGAGGUGGGAAAAUUCAUUUGUGAUUGGAAUUAUGAGCUGCAAAGUGAUUGGUCCUUUAGGACCUUUUGUUUCCAGUUUCUUUACUGGCAACAAUGAUGUAGAAUCUAUUGGAGGAGCUAUCACAGGAGCCACUUUAGCAGCGUUCUUUUUUGCUUUUCUCAUUGGAUUUAUUGCUAGUGAAAUUUACUUGAGAGUCAUCUUGUCUUGGGCAAGAAAACCAUUGUUAGAAUAUUUUAACAAUAAGGGAGCAUCAAAAUCUGCUGCUGUUCAAAUUUAUAAUCAAUUCGACAACAUGAAAGAAAUGAAGCGCCUCAAUACUUUUAUCAAAUUUUCCCUUUCAAGCUUUGAAACAAGAGAAGAUAGUGAUUUUUCUAUUGCUAAUGCUUUUAUUACCAAAUGUGGGUCUAAUAAGGCACUGCUUGAUGUAGAUUUUCUAAUAUUGAGCGCUUUAUAUUUUGGAUUUUUUGGAGCGGAAGAUGAUCAUCUCAUGAACACAGUGACUGCCAUCUCUAAUUUAUCACGAGCUGUAAAACAAGCUCCAUCGAUCAUUCAAAAAUAUCACAUUGUAUUGAGAAUGAAAGAAAUAGAAACCAAUGCUUCAAAUGCAAAAACAUUUAACAUUGAGCUCAAGCAACAAUUGACCAAUGUCGACAAGAAGCAACAAGUAGUUAUGUAUUUCCACAGAGAAUUCUUUAAGGAGUUGCUGUUAGAAAAACCGUCCUUGACCAAGUUAGAUAACAUCAAUCGAACCAUUUGCAAGCUACUGAACGAUUGCGACAAUAUUUUUCGAAAUAUGUUUCUUACUCACAAAAAUAACAAGACUUUAUUGAGAGCAUAUGCAUCUUUUUUGGAAACCUGUCGAUGGGAAACUGAAACAGCUAAGCAACUAUAUGAAGAAGCGAAUAUGUUAGAAGAAGAAGAUGCACGCCGAGAGAAAAAGAAGACAAGUACGAAUCCACAAAAACCCAUCGCAAAAAACAAAAUUGUCCCCGCAGUACGGUCUUCAUUAGAGCUAUUUGACGAAAAGGAACAACAGCCAGCAGCUGAAGGCUACCCUGCACAAGAUUUUAUGGAUGAAAAACCUACAGAUGAAGACAAAUGGGAGUCAGUCAGUGUAGCCGGGAAUGAAGAUGAAAAGAAAGAACAAUUUUACAGAGCUGCUAUUAACACAAAAGAAGAUUUGAACUCUUUUCGAGUUUGGUUUGCUAUCUUUUGCGUGUUAUCAACUUUGGUUAUUGCUACUUGUUUGGUUACUUCGUUGCUGCUCUUAGAAAAUUUUUCCAAACAAAUUUCGUUACAAGAGAAAGUUUGUUCAUUGAGCGGAAUUCCCCAUCUUUUGAACAUCGAGAUUAGAGCAGUUCAAGCUCGUUUGAACAUGGCUAGCCAUGAAAUUGAUAAGAUUGAGCUGGCACAAAUCAGAAUUAUUGCAAAGCAUCAAAUGGAAUUCCUUUUCAAAAAAAUUCAUGAUGUCCAAGAAGCCUCAACGAGCGGUGAAUUUAUUGACCAAGUUGUUAAAACAUACACAAACGUUGAAUGGAAAUAUUUUGUUCCAGUUGCACAAGCUGAUGAAUCCCUCAUGCCAAUUUAUGAUGUCUCUAACGCAUCCAUUGGUGACUUUGUUGAUUUAUUGGUUGACUCUGGCGAAGAUAUUAUGGCAAUGCUCAAUGAUUGGCAUGAAUUUAACAAAACAAUCGCUAAUUACCAUUUCCUCUUGAUUUAUUUGAACAAGGAUGUUGCCGCAAAUGCAUUUGACUCGUUUUGUGUCUCGUUUUUAGAAGGAACCAAAACCACUACUCAACAAUCAUCUAUCAUAUUCCACUCGAUUUAUGGAAUUGUGUUAGGUCUCUAUGUAAUAUUUGUAAUGAUAUACAUUGCUGUUAUGAGAACGCAAUUGCUGCAAAUCAAUCGAUUGAUUUCUGCUGUUUUUGGGAGAAUUCCUAAUGAUGAAACUGGCAAAGUUUAUCACAGUUUUGCGAAAAAAAUUGAAGACACACAUCUUCAUAAGGUUAGAAUUGCUGUUUUCACUCCUCAGGUUCUCUUUUCCUCCAUGACCGUUGCAGUGGUUGCAAUUGUGGUCAUUGUCUGGAUUCUGCUCAUUGUCGAGUACAAUAGCAAUGCUAAAAAAGCACAAACCACAAUGAUGGCCACGAACAGUUUGAACACAGUGGUCAAAAGUAUCAUGUUAGCUAAUUUUAACCUUGUUGAAAUUGCCAAAAGGAGCAGGCUUGUUUCAAGUACUUUCUCUGAAUUGAAACGAGUCAAUCAAGAACAGCUUAUUACUGCAACUAGUACUUGGCGCUCGCUUACAGUAGGAAUGGAAAGCCAAAACUACAAGUCUGCUGUGUAUCAUGUUUUUCCUGAAAUAGAUCAAUUAUUGUCAGGAGGUUGUUCCAACGUGUCUUCCAAUGUAACUUCAAAGCUCGAGUCCCCAAUUCCUUACAAUGCUUCUGAGGUUGAAUCAGAGGAGUUGCAAGCCGUUUUGAGCCAAUACUCUAACGCAGCCUGUUUAGGAAUGGAGGAUCUAAUCGACAUCAUCAGCUCACAUCUGACAGAACUCACUCAAGAAUUCUUCUCGGGCCAGCUUUCAUCCGAAGUUUCUAUUGAAAUAUAUUUUUCACACAUAUACUAUUACAGCGUGGCCUUUUCACGAAAGAUUUUUGAGUUUAUUUCCACCUUUGUGAAUCUCUCAAAGUCACCAUCCGUUAUCAUUACUUAUGUCUGUGCAUUUACUGGAACGGCGUUAUUAUUGGUUCUCUUUUACUUUUCAUAUAAUUCAUUGCAGACUUUUUGGAACGAAAAACAUGCGAUGAGAACUCUGUUAAAUUACAUUCAUUGGAGUGUGAUUGAAACUCAUGACCACUUGAAAGAAUAUGUGUUAUCGCACGAAAUUAGUGGCUAUACCUAUCAAUUCAUGAACAAGAUGUAUUCAAAGCUCAAGAACACAGAACGGGCAGGAAAAAACGCUGAAGCAAAUAACAACCUGGACGAUCCAUUCUCCAUGACAAGAUCUAUAUUAAGUGCAGCUGUUGACGGAGUGGCACUUUGCUCACAGACUGGAAAAGACCUCACUUGGUCUAUUCAAGAAUUUAACAAAUCAGCCGAAGAAAUGUUCAUGCACAAACGAAAUGAGAUAUUUGGACUGGAUAUUUCUAUCACAUUUUCAACUGAAAGUCAUUCACAAAUUAAGAAAAUUUUGAAUGGGAUGAUGUCUUCUCACUCAUAUUGCAGUGAGAUUUUGGAGACUAAUUGUCUGAGGAAGAACAAGACGACAUUCCCUGCAAAGGUAACCAUUUGCUUGACGUACUUCCAAAAGAAGCCCAUUGUGACCUUUUUUUUCAGAGACAUCACCAUGGAAAAGAAGCAAAAUUCUCUCAUUCAAGAAGAGAAGCAGAAGAGUGAGCAAUUGUUGUUAAAUAUUUUACCCAAGCCUGUGGCCAUUCGAUUGAUGGAAGGCGAAAGAAAUAUUUAUGAGAAGAUUCCUGAUUUAUCAGUUUUUUUCAGUGACAUGGUCGGGUUUACUAAGAUGAGUUCUAAAAUGGAGGCAAGUGAAUUGGUCUUGAUGUUGAAUGAGAUUGUAGAAUCCAUGGAUUUGUUGACAGAUAAGCACGGCUUGGAUAAAAUUAAGACCAUUGGUGACGCUUAUUUUUGUGUUGGUGGCGCCUAUGCAUCCAAAGUAUCAGAUCAUCCAGAACGAAUGUUAAAAUUCUGCAUAGAUAUUUUUACUUUUCUUCACAAGUAUAAUAAGGAAAAGAAAAAGAAAGUAAAUGUUCGUAUAGGAAUUCACACGGGAGCGGCUGUUGGUGGAGUCAUUGGUACCAAGAAGUUUGCAUUUGAUUUAUGGGGAGAUACCAUAAACACUGCUAGUAGAAUGGAGAGUACUGGUGUUGAGGGCCGUGUACAAAUAUCACGCUCCUGCUAUGAGAGAGUUUACGAUUUAGGAUAUCAAUUUGAAGAACGAGAGCCAAUAGAAGUGAAAGGCAAAGGAAAAAUGCAAACUUAUUUAUUGGCUGCCAAACACCAUCCAUCUCCUAUUCCUGGUUCAGAAAGUGGCCUCAAUGAUGACAGUAAAUCGCAAACAUUCGACGAAACUAGCAGCUCUGUCACACUGGAAAUAACAAAACCUCUCUCUCGAACUCUUGGCAGUAUCAGUGCUGACAAUUUAAGCGAAUCGGAGCGAGACAGCGCGGCCAAUAGAUCCAACAAAUCCGUAAAAACCAACUCACAACCCAACAUGCUAAAGAAAUAA